UGACCUGAUGAUGCACCCCGGGACAGCUCCCGACGAGGGAACUCCUCAACAGUUUACAGCAUGGACCUGAUUUUUUGUCACACGUUGAACGCAUUAUCUCUCUGGCAACAAUAAAAGCUUGUGGCUAAAAUGUCAUUUCUGUAAAAAACUCUGAAAAAAUAUAAGUAUUGACCUUGGAAUUAGUAGGUACUCCGUAAUACUUACUAAAUCCAUGGUAUUGACUAUUUCGAUGUUUUUUUUCUUUUAUCGAAUACUUUCUCCUUGGGAAGGUUUUUUUUUGCAAAUUUGACAAACCACAUUAUGUACUGACUGACGUACGCAAACUGCAUCUCGUGCAUGUUCUGUCAAUCAAAUUAGGAUUUUUCGCCCUCUCAAUUUCGAGAAAAUUAAUCAGCGAUGACUGAACAGGCGAGAAUGGAGUCGAUGCUGUUCAGCUACGGAACCACGAACAGAACAGAUUAUAGGGGUUACAAAAUCGAGGCUCCCGUGUUCACUAAAUACGAGGAGAAACCGAAGUUAGAUCAAAGACAGCCACCAGAAGUGAAGGAUAUACACACUUUGACGCCUUGGCAGUGCGCAGUGCCAUUCUAUCUCUUGCAUAAACCGAAAGAAAUUGUUCGCACUAAUCCGUAUCAAGUUCAACCGAAAUUUGAAAAGCCGAUAGACAAGGACCGAGCGAGGGUGCAACAGACCCGUCCUCGGCUGGUAAUGACCCCGGCCGUCAGUAUGGACGACAUCGCCGACGCGGCCGCGCGCGAGAUUCUCUGUGAAGACAUGUACACCAGCACCGCUGCUGCCGGUAUGAAGGAAGCCGUCAGACCUUACUUCAGGGUCGCCGCGCCUUUCCCCGGUCACUCGGCCAAGGCUAAUCCGGUGGUGCUGCCGAAGUAUGCCCCGCCGACGGUGUCUGAGGAGUGGCGCAUGGACUCCGUAGAGUGGGACAACAGACAGCACCGCUGCUACUGCGACUCCACCAAGGAGUUCUGGCUCUCUUACCCCUUGUUUAAGUGCAGGGCUUGCAAGGAAUCUGCAAUCGUUGAUGCGUCAAGGAAGGCAAAACUCCAACUGGCGAAACAGUGAAGUUGUGGAGUGGAGUAUAACCUCAAAGCGAACACGCGGGAAAAUGUUCCAUUGGUUUUUAAAGAGAUUUUUAAGUGCAGAAUAGUUUUCAUUGUCUUGACUAAUUUAUUUUUAGCCAAUGUAGAUUUGUAGUUAGAAUAUUUUUUUAUUUAGCUCGUUUGUUUUUCUAGUUUUAUUAAUAAAAAUAAAUGUUUGUUAUAAACGUGUUAUUUGAAAAAUGAAAAACCGUCAUUGAGACCUAGAUAAAUGGAAACAUAGUUAAUUAAAACAACUUAUUAAUCAACCAAUUUAUUACCUACCACAUGUUUACUGGAUUUUAUAAGGAUUUAGGUACCUACUAUUGUUAUUGUUCCGAGAACAAUACAAUAAAUCUAUGAUAUGAUAUACCUAAUAUAGAUU